AUGGAUCGCAAGAGAAAGCGCGAAUUGCGCGAAUUGAACAGCAGAGCCUGGGAUGGGGAGAAAGACAUCUACGAAGUUAACAAGUCCCUCGAUUCCUCCCUGAAGAAGAAUACAGCCUUCAUAAAGCGACUGCGGACGGCUAUCACUUCUGCGACCCUCGGAACUUUUCUGCAAGAAAUUCGAACACUCAGUCUGCACAAAUACCUAUCCGAAAUCAUAUCCGCAUGCUACGAAGGGCUGUGUAGAUUGAAGUCACCAGGUGAAAUUGAAGCUGGGGUGGAAAUAGUGAGCGCCUUGCACCAACGUUUUGGACCUAUAGAAUUCACGGAGUUUCUGGGAUGGCUUGUAGGCAAGGGAUUAGCAACGCCCGAGAAGUCGCUACUGAAGAGCCUUGCUGCCGAUGUUAGAGAGAAGGAGGAAAAAGAGCGCAUCACACGUCAGAGGGUACUUCUCAGGGUUGUCACGGAAUUAUGGCUUGUAGGUGUUUUGAGGACGUUGGAUGAUGUCAGUCGCCCAGAUGAUGCUUCACGAGGCAAAGAAUCACUCUCAAGCGCCGCUGGGAAGGUUCCUGAUGUCAAAUCGAAGUCCAAUGGGGCAGGCAAAGGUGGUGGUGCUGAGCCAUUUCCUCUAGAAGUUCUCAAGGAUCUAUUAGGUCAUGACAGAGAGCAUGCAAACCUACCAUUGCUGGUCAUAUUCGUUAAAGCCUUCGGCUGGGACAUUCUUGGUGUCAAAGAAGCUAGUGCUGAAGGACGCAAGACUGUUGAAGAAGAUGGAGCCACAAAAAUCACCGAGGGUGCUACAGAGGCAGAUGAUGAAUCUCCUUUGGAAGUCACAUCACCAAGUAAUUCCAUUGAUGACCCACCUCUUGCAUCGCCCCAGCUUCAGGAGCGAUUCCGUAACAUUCUGAAGCGUUAUUUUGAAGAUGUCAAAGCACACCUUACUCGCGAUCAGAAAGCCAUCAGUAAGCAGGCUCGAAAAGAUGCUGAAGCUUACGUCAAGUCUGGACAAGUAUUUGAGGAUAGACAGGCAAGUUACGAGAAGGUCGUUAAGGCUCAGGAACGACUGGUUUCGAAUGCCCAAACUCUCGCAGAUGCUAUUGGUGGGGAUAUGCCAGAUCUCAAAGACUCCGAGGAUACUUCUGCUACCGGCAAUGGAGGCAUCGGCCUGGUCAAGACUGGGGAAUAUUUGCGUGGUGAAGGCGAAGGUGCAGGUAUCUGGGAAGACGAGGACGAGAGGAGAUUCUAUGAAAAUCUCGUUGACCUAAAAGGCAAGGUUCCUGGAAUGUUGCUCGAAGACGGGAAGAAGAAGAAACCAGAUACAGAUGAGCAAGUGGGAAAGAAGAUCGAUACUUCAGAAUCAAGCUCUGCUGAGUCCAGUGCCAAGACCGCCGAGGAUGACCAGUCUACUGCCAUUGCCAAUAAGACUAUUGGUGCCCAGGUUGAUGCUCUACUGGCACGACUCCCAGAUCUCACCAACAAAGACUUGAUUGAUCAAGCCGCCAUCGAUUUUUGUUUCCUCAACUCGAAGGCUUCUCGGAACCGUUUGGUCAAAGCCGUUCAAGAGAUUCCCAAAGGACGUAGUGAUCUCUUACCGUCGUACUCUCGACUUGUCGCUACAUUGGGCAAAUACAUGCCGGAUAUCCCGAAAGGUCUGGUUGAUCAUCUUGAUCAAGAAUUUAGAAGUCUCCAAAGACGCAAAGAAAAGGAAUUCUUAGGCCAAGCUCGACUCGGAAACAUUCGCUACCUUGCUGAAUUGACAAAGUUUGGUGUUGUUCCCGAGCAUGUCAUUUUCCAUUGCCUCAAGGUCAGCUUGGAUGAUUUCUCGAGAAUGAACAUUGAGAUCAUCUGUAACCUCCUUGAAAACUGCGGUCGAUAUCUGCUUCGAAAUCCGGAAACUUCUCCUCGCAUGACUUCAUUCCUAGAGACUCUAAAGAGAAAGAAGUCAGUUCAGCAUAUUGGGCAACAAGAGCGCAUGCUCAUUGAGAACGCCGUCUACUAUGUCGAUCCACCUGUCAGAGCUGCUAUCCAGCAAAAAGAGAGGACGCCAAUUGAUCUUUUCAUUCGCAAGCUCGUGUACUUGGAUAUGAACAAUCGCAACUAUACGAAAUGCCUCAAACAGAUUCGCAGAUUGCACUGGGAGGAGGCCGAGGUUGUCACCAUUUUGGAGAAGAUCUUUUCGAAGCCUGGCAAGGUCAAGUAUGGUAACAUUCACCUUCUUGCUAUUCUAGUGAGCGCCUUGUAUCGAUACCACCAAGACUUUGUUACCGCGGUUAUCGAUAAUGUCCUGGAAUAUAUUGUACUUGGACUAGAGCAGAACGACUUCAAAUUCAAUCAGCGCCGACUCGCAGAAGUUAAAUACUUAGGCGAGCUCUACAACUACCGCAUGGUUGAUCACCCUGUAAUCUUCGAUACUAUGUACCGCAUCAUGACAUUUGGUCAUGGUGGCCCGCCUAUUCCAGGUCGUAUCAACCCCUUUGAUAUGCCAGAUGACUUCUUCCGUAUUCGACUCGUGGCAAAUUUACUUGAAACUUGUGGUAUCUUCUUCAAUCGUGGAGCCGCUGGCAAGAAGUUGGACUAUUUCUUGUCGUUCUUCCAAUACUACAUUUACACCAAAGAUACUCUUCCUAUGGACAUAGAGUUCAUCGUUCAAGACGUUUUUGCGCUGACUAGGCCCCAAUGGAAGCUUGCUUCUAACAUUGAAGAGGCCAGCAAAGCUUUCCAGCUAGCUAUGGCACAAGACCAGAAAACUUCUGGUCUGGACAAAGUCGCCGAGCCCGAAGAGGCUGACAGCGAUGGUUCUUCGGAUGAGGGGAUGGAUGAUGCUGAAGCCGAAGCUGAAGCUGGCCUUGCUGAAGGAGAUGCCGAGAAAGAUUCUGAAUCAGACGAAGAAACAGAUAUCGAUGCAAAUGGCGAUGCAAAUCCGUCAGUCGCAGGAACCGAUUCCGAAGAGGAAUCUAUUGUGGUUACUCGACAGGAGGAACAAGUUGACCCAGAAGAUGAGGCUGACUUUGAGCGUGAGUAUGCAAAGAUGAUGGCUGAAAGUUUAGAAUCGCGAAAGCACGAACGCAAAUCUACCUUCGACGUACCCCUUCCCAUCAGACGCAAGGACCGCGAUGUGCCUGCCACAAACGAGUCCUGGAACGAUGAGCCUGUUGGCAACGCUCCCCCAAGCAGCACAAUGGCCUUCUCCCUCCUCACAAAGCGUGGUAAUCGACAACAGACUCGCACUGUCGCACUUCCUUCCGACUCAACUUUCGCGGUUGCCAUGAAAACCCAACAGGCUGCGGAGCGCGAGGAACAGCAAAGAAUCAAGAGCUUGGUCCUGAACUACGACCUUCGAGAUGGCGAAGACCAAGAUGGUGAAGACAUACUCGCCCCCAUACCCCUCAACAUCAAUAUUCACAAGAUCAACGCAGGUCUCGAGAAGACGGCCGCAGCGAACUACCUCAGACCUGACAAGUCGAGUAACAAUCGCAGUGGCCAACGAGCGAGAAAGUUGCAACUCAGUGAUGUCGAUUGGUAUGAUCCCAAGAGCAAAGUUUCGCAAGUCAAAAACGCACCCCCUUCCCCAGAAAGAGAUAGACCUGCAUCAACUGCUAGUCGCGGCCCUCUGAACGCCGUCGCAUCACCCGGUGAUGUCAGCAGGCUGACUCUGAAGAGAGAGCCUGCAAAGACAGCGGUGCAAGGUAGCAAAAUCUCCAAGAAAGCAAUGCUGGCUGGGCAUGAAGCGCUAAAGGCUGUCAGAGGCCAGACCAAGAAGACCUUCUUCUCUGCCCAUCGACGCGAAGCCACUCGAGUCACCACUACGCCACUCCAUCCAUACCCGGAUUGUCGAACCUUGGAGACGACAGCAGCUGCGACGGUCGGUACCUCGACCCAACCUUCGAAUCGGCGAACGAAUGAAAGAAUGAUUGUGGUGGAAGGUGUGAUCAGUGGGUUGGCUGUUUAUUGA